AUGACAGACGAAAUAGCGAGACGAGCUCAACAGAUAGAAAUCUGGUCGUCAGACUCGGAUUCGGACUCCGACUCAGGCUCAAGAUAUGCCCAGGUUUCUCUCUCCAGAUCAGCAAUUAAUCACGCUCCAAAUGCAUUGACCAAUGCAGAAAUAGUGACCAAAUACGCAGACAAAAUCAAGACAGACCCUAUCAAGAAGGGACCAAAGAUUACUAGAGAUCGUUCCAACAGAGCCACCGUAGAACAAGUGUUGGAUCCAAGAACCAUGCGUUUCUUAGCCAAGAUAAUUAACAAAAACGUCAUUUCCAGAAUAAAUGGUUGUAUCAGUACCGGAAAGGAAGCCAAUGUGUAUCAUGGAGACCAUGAAGACCCCGAAGUUACGACUAGAGAGUAUGCUGUAAAGAUUUACAAGACUUCUAUCUUGGUUUUCAAGGACAGGGAAAGGUACGUGGAUGGAGAGUUCAGAUUCAGAAAUACAAAGAACCAAAGCAACCCCAGAAAAAUGGUCAAGGUGUGGGCAGAAAAAGAGUUCCGUAACUUGAAGAGAUUGUACCUUAAUGGAAUUCCCUGUCCUGAACCUGUAGAACUCAGGUCGCAUGUCUUAGUAAUGGAAUACUUGACCAAGGGAAAUGGACAACCAUCACCAAAGUUAAGAGAUCACCCUUUCAAAGAUGUAGAAGAAAUUGUUCACUAUUACCAUCAGAUGUUAUUCUACAUGAGAAGGAUGUAUAAAGUGUGUCGUCUCGUUCAUGCUGAUUUGAGUGAAUACAAUUCUAUAGUGCAUAAGGACAAAUUGUAUAUAAUCGAUGUAUCUCAGUCUGUGGAACCAGAGCAUCCAAUGGCACUCGACUUCUUAAGGAUGGAUAUAAAAAAUGUCAACGACUUCUUUUCCAGGAAGAAAAUCAACGUUUACCCGGAGAGAUUACUUUUUAAAUAUAUCACUGAAGAUGCAUCUGUGUUGGGAAUUGAAGAUAACUCUGAUGAACAGUUGGGUCAAUAUUUAGAAACAUUACCAUUGAAAACCGAGGACGAUGACGAGGUCGAAGAUGAAAUCUUUAGAUCGUUGCAUUUGGUCAGAUCAUUGAACCACUUGGACGAAAGAGAUUUCCAGAAAUUUUCUGAAGGAAAAGUGGAUACUUUGACUGAUCUUGUUGGCACGCAUGAGAAUAUUGAUGGGACAUUAGCAGUGAACGACGACGACGAAGAAGAAGAAGAUGAGGAAGAGGAUGAGGAUGAUGAAGACGAAUCCUCAGAAGAAGAAACGGGUUCUGAAGAUGAUCUGGAAGCGGAAGACGAAGAUGCCGAAGGCAAGAAGAAGAAAAAGAAGUGGGUUGAAAAGGAAACCAUUCUUAAGGGAAAGAAACAUGAAGACAAAGAUGACAAGAAGGCCAGAAAAGAAGCUGCUAAGUUGGCCAAACAGGAAAAGAGAAAGACAAAGAUGAAGAAACAUGUCAAGAAGAAGAUCAUCAGUAAGAGAAAGACCAAGUAGCUGGAGUUAAAUAGUAGCCUUUCCUUAUUUAUUACACAUUAUAGAAAUGCAAGAAUGAAAAAUG